AAAUAAAAACAUCGGAUCUUAUUUCAGACCUAAAGCGAUUUUACAACUAAAGCAAGACAGAGAGACCGAAGACGACGGAAGAGCAGUUCCGAGUUACAUAGAGCGAUUUCAGACCUAGAGCAAGACAGAGAGACCGAAGACGGAAGACCGCGGCUGGCGUUCAAGCGGACGUCAGAUGGCAGACGGUGUUCCAGCGAAAGGCGGACGGCGUUCGAGCAGCGGGCGAGUCAUCCUCUUCAGCAAUUUACGGUUUUACACCUGACCAAAUGGGUACGGGCAGCAAACUUCGACCACCCUGCGGGCAGUAUCCUCCUGCAUGGAAUCCAAACCAUGUUUCUGCCCUUUUACAACUCGGCCAGCAGGAAUCAUUGGCAGCUCUUUAUUCUCUCUCCUAUCCAAAACACCAUUGUCUUCUUGUGUUCUUUGGGGAAUAAGCCAAAUAGACAAUUCAAAAAUAUCAGUGAUGCUGCAAUGGAGGCAAGCCGUAGGCUCAACUCAAGAAAGGGAAGAGUGAAAUGGAUUAUUCCUAUGUCUCGGAUGCAAGUUGGGAGUUAUGAAUGUGGUUAUUAUGUGAUGUUGCAUAUGUUGAAUAUUGUUUUGGCGGUAAUUCUUGAAAUGUGGGAUGAGCGAUUCGUCAAUCUGGAACCAUUCUCAUCAGAAGAGAUCGAUGAAGUACGAACUCGUUGGGCAUCAUAUUUCUUAGAAAUGACGCAAUCCAUCAACGACAUGAUGAACGUGUUUGUUUAAGUUUUUGAGUGAUGAUGAGACUUGUAACUUUAUACAAUGUGUUAUUACUCUAGACUUGUGCAAUGAUUCUUUUAUUUUAGCUUAUUAUUAUGUACUAAGUUGUUACUUGAACUUGUUUAACAUUUGUGGAUGAAUUGAAAAAUAGCUUGUGUUAUUGUUUUAGAUGGAUCAAGUGAACAGGU